AUGGAGAAUAAAGAAUAUUCAGAGAUAUCACCUUCAGGAAUCACCCUGGUGUCAACACCUAUAAGGUCAAGGGAAACUACAGCUGAAUACAUAACAGUCAACGAGAUAACAAUUGAGCAAAAUCCCAAUGACCUUUCUACAACAGAAGAAGAAGAAUUAGACUCAAUUAUAAAUACCCAUCCUGAACUAAAAAUGGCAAGUAAAGAAAGCGGUAAAUUGAAUCCAGUUAAUGUUGCUUAUACUAUGUUUUCACCACUGAAACAAAAGAAGAAUUCAGAGGAAAUUGUCAUUCUGCCAUCACAACCAGAGCAACCCAAGGCUCAUUCAUCAGUUUCAUCGCAUUAUAAUGUAUUUCUAGAUCCAAUGACUCCUUAUACUUUGACCUUAUACUUUCAAUUGUUUUUUAACUUGAUUGUUAUUGCAAUGUUUUUAUAUGCGAUUUACAUAACAUAUUCAGCACUUAAAACAGAUAUCAAUUUCAAAAUUCAAUCCUAUACUAUUCAAUUACUAGAUGAAAUUUCCCAAUGCCUGAAACAAUAUUUGUUAAAUAAAUGUGAUUCACCAAAUAGACCACCAGCAAUUGAAGCUGACUGUAAUUUUUUGGAAAAGUGUCAAAAUCAAGAUCCUACAUUAAUCAGUCGUUCGAAAAUUACCAGUGAGAUACUAGGUGAAAUAAUUAACUCUUUUUUCAACACAAUAAGUCACAAGAGUAUUUCUAUAGUGGGUCUUUUUGGUGUGGGGUGUUUAUUCUUGAAUUAUUACAUUAUUGGCAAUUUCCAAGUACAUGAAAUUAAUAAACUUCGUGAAUUAGAAAAGACCAUCAAAGAACAAGAAGAGACCAUUACCAGAUUACAAGCUGAAGAAAAUAAAGUUGAAAAUUUAGAACAAUUAUUAUCACCGUAG